GCCCGUCAGAGGGACUGAGCCGCCUUCGCUGUUACACAAGACCCCGGCGAGCAGCGGCGCUGGGCUCGGCCCCUGCCCCUGCGGGCCCAUCGGAGGGUAUUUACCAGCUAUUGCCCUCCCGGGUUCCGUACCAGUCACGUGCGUUCAGUGCUCCUGGCCUCUGGUGCCCCGAGCCGCUGUCCAGCACUCCGUGGGUCCCUGUGUCAUUUAAGUCCAUUUCCACCGCGGAUGGCAGCGACAGUGCCCUGAAGACAUGGGCUAGGUGUCUCCAGAGCUGCCAGCUGGACGCGUUUGGAGGUGUCAUGGAUAUGGACUAGUGUCCCUGGCAUACACAACCUAAGAGCCACGUGGUUAUCAGAAUUAUUUUCAAAGGUCGUCUGGCCAGUCUGCCACCAGGUGACAUGAGACUUUGGUUCAGCCAAUUCAUCCAAGAGCACACAAACUAACCGCAAGUGCCACCAUCUGCUCCUGGAAGGCCUACCAACGCCAUCACUAUGACCGAUGGGGACUAUGACUAUCUGAUUAAACUCCUGGCCCUUGGAGAUUCAGGGGUUGGGAAGACGACAUUUCUUUAUAGAUACACAGAUAAUAAAUUCAACCCUAAAUUCAUCACUACAGUGGGAAUAGAUUUCCGGGAAAAACGUGUGGUUUAUAACACACAAGGACCAAAUGGAUCUUCGGGGAAAGCAUUCAAGGUGCAUCUGCAGCUUUGGGACACUGCAGGACAAGAGAGGUUCCGGAGCCUCACCACCGCGUUCUUCAGAGACGCCAUGGGCUUCUUGUUAAUGUUUGACCUCACCAGUCAACAGAGCUUCUUAAAUGUCAGAAACUGGAUGAGCCAACUGCAAGCAAAUGCUUACUGUGAAAAUCCAGAUAUAGUAUUAAUUGGCAACAAGGCAGACCUGCCAGACCAGAGGGAAGUCAAUGAACGGCAAGCCCGGGACCUGGCUGAAAAAUAUGGCAUACCAUAUUUUGAAACAAGUGCUGCGACAGGACAGAAUGUAGAGAAAUCUGUGGAAACCCUUCUGGACUUAAUAAUGAAGCGAAUGGAACAGUGUGUGGAGAAGACACAAGUCCCCGACACUGUCAAUGGUGGAAAUUCUGGAAAGCUAGACGGGGAAAAGCCCGCAGAGAAGAAAUGUGCCUGCUAAACUCUCCCUAGGAACUGAUAAUCAAGAACCCCACCCAAAUAUUCCUCCCCAAAGCAAUGAUAAGCCACACAGUCAUUGUUGAGUAUACCCUGAACAAUGGCAUGUCUUUCUUUUUCUGCCAGAUCUGUUUUAAGAAAUCAGAGUAGUCAACAGUGUUCAAACAAAUUGACCAAUCCUCCUUGAGCCCCCCUUCUAAACACAAAUCAAAGAUUUUUUUUUUAAAGGUGAUCUCACCAUCAUGGAUGCUUUUUUUUUUUUUAAUAAAGAAGUUGAGCAUAUAAGAGAAAAUAUAAGAAAGAAAUGUUGGUGAGUUUUAAAUGAGAACAAACAUUGCCUUUUCACAUUGGAGAAGGAAGGAUGACUCAAGGUGAACAUGGAAAGUUGCCUUUCAAAAAGAUUAUGUUUACUUCUUGUACGGAAUCUGAUACCUAGUUCCACAUUUGCAUUGGGGAAAAUAUAAUAGCAACAAUGGUUAUACAAUGAAGAAGUCUAUAGAGCUCAUAAAAGAAUGACAGUACUGUGCAUAGCCAAUAAACGACACUAAAAUGCUCAAGUGCUGCUAGGUUUGUGAGAGGGUGAUUGUCAGAUUUCUGCUAAAAUGAGGAGGUUGCAUAACAAUGCCAUUUUUUAUAUUCCUAACAAGUGGCAGAUAGACCAGAACAGAACUAUGAUGGCAGAGUAGAAGUGAUUGCCUAAAGGAGAAAGGAAAGUAUGGGGAUAUGGCAUUUGGAUAGCUGAGAGUAAAUGUAUCUGUCCAGAUGCCUGGAAAAGCUACUUAGCCAAAUUUCACUCAAGCCAAUUAGAAGCUGACAUUAUUCGUUGGGAUUAGGAGGCUCUCCAGAGGUUUCUAUUUCAAACAAAAUUUUCGGAAUCCAUGGGGGUGGUGUUCAGCUUCACGUUUCAUUUUCUAUAGCAUAUCUUGAUAAAUACUCACAAGGAGAAAUAAACUAUUGCUGUUUACUAAGUAUCUCUUUUAAAAAUGUUGUCAAGAAAAUCUAUCUAAAAUUUUUUUUAAAAAAACAUAAAUUGUGUUGGUGAUGUAAAACCAAAAGUGACUAUCAAUUGUGGGUUUCCUUUGUUUACAAAAAUCUGGGAGACUCUAAAUCACAUACCUUCCCUGGACCUUGGCUUUGAAAACCAUUGUGGAAAUGCAGGUGUAUUAUUUGUAGAUCAGCAACUUCAGAAUAAGGAUGGAGCAGCUCUGUGGUCACUCUAGAUUUUCAAAUGAUUAAUCACAUAGAAAUUGAAGAUAUCUCCUUAUUAAAAUGUCUUUAUUUUUUUAUUUUGCCUAAGGCAAAAGAACACCUAUGGUUCAGCUGUAUUUGAGGAGUGAACAGGAACAGAGAUCUAUCUUAUCUCACCAAAAUUGUGGCAAAUUGUUCUUUUUUUUAUAUAAGCUGUCUUUUCUAAGUAUUGUCACAAAGUAUUUUCCAUUGGCCAGUUCUCAACAUCAUCUAAACUAAUAUUACACUCAUUUUGUUACCUCAUUUUCUGAUAUCCAUAAGCCAUUCCUAUGACAAUAUUAAGAAUGUUAUCAAUAACAAAGGCAAUGUAAUACAAUUUUCCAUUUUGAGUAUAGGGUUUUUUUUUAUAGGAUGGUUCCUCUUAAAAUUUUUUUCCAGCUACACCUAGUUUUUCCAUGCUCUCUACACAUUUAAUUUGUUAAAUUAUAUACAUUAGAAACAAAAUACCAGCACCUUCCUCCUCGUCAGUAUCAUAAGCAUAGGCAGAUCCAAGGGAAUGUCUGUCUGUAAGGUUCACAGGAUGGUUUACCAUCAAUGUGCCCCAAGUCAGAACAGUCUGGAAGCUUUGAUGGGAUCAGUCCCCAUGUAGCUCUCAGUGCCCAGCACCUCUGACUUCUGCAGCACCACACCAGCUUCUAAGAUGGAUCAUGGUUGGCUUUCCCCUCCAAAGGUGUUUUCUCUAGAAUGUUCUUCAAAAUCUCAGUGCCUGUGCCAUGAAGAUAGACAAUUAUUACUUAAGAUAUUUCCUCUGGAAAGAAAGUGGCGGGGAAUGAUAUAACCACUGCUGUGGCAAAGUUUGGUGAACUUUUGUGGUCAUGAUAAUUUCUUCUUUGGAUGCAAAUUGUGAUGUCCCCUGCAUUUGCCUAACAGGGAUUGUUUGUUCUUUAUAAAAUGCCAAAGCAAUUAUUUUGUUUUGAUAUGUCUUUUAGUUCCUCUUCAUUUUCCAGUUACGUGAUUGAUUUCCUUAUGCCAAGAUUCUGUCACUGUCAGUUAUUUAAUGAGUAUUUUUUCAGGGUCUGUUUUAAGAUCAUUAUUUGAUAGCUGUAGCAUGAAGCAGAAGGUGAUGGUGCCUAUAAUGAUAGAACUAUGCUUGUAAAAAUAACAAUUAUUGGGUAACAAUCUCAACAGGAAUGAAAUUUAAGACUGGAAAGAAAAUAUUAUUCUACUUACAAAUAAAACCUUGUCUAAAAAAAAUA